GUCGACGCAGCCUCCCCACUGCGAAGCCCCAGAGGACGCUGCUUUGGCGAUAUCUCCUCAAAACAAUUGGGGGCAGAGAGCUCCAGACUCAAUCAACAAGAGUACCACCUAUCCGCAAACGAUCUACAUCAAAGGCAUACAAUGGUAAAUCGCGGCCAACCGUCAAAGAAUUGUCUCCCCUGCCGGAAGAGGAAACUGCGGUGUGACCUUGUACCUGAGGGCUGCGGGCAAUGCCGGAGAGCUAGGCUAAAAUGCCACGGAUAUCGCGACCCUCAGGACCUUGUAUUCCACGACGAGACCCGGUCCGCUGAGCAAAAGGUGGUGGCGCGACAGGCCCAGGCGUCUCAACCCACCGCCAUGGAACUCGGGUGGAACGUCCGCGCUCGAUACGUCUUUUUUUCCGUCUACGUCUUCGAAUUUUCGCAUAGUCUCGGUCCUGUGGCGCCUUUCUACAACAGGGCCUCCGCCCUGGACCACCUGUCUGCAAGUCUCGAGGCGACUAGCUUGGCUUUCAUGGCCGUACAGCUGCACACCCCUGCCUUGAUGCACCUGGCAAGUGUAAGCUAUGUGACAGCAAUCCAGAGGCUCAGUUGCGCUCUAACCGAACUGCCAAGCUCUGGAGCAGAGGAGAUCCUGCAGUCUAUUCUGCUUCUCGAUAUGUACGAGAAGAUGGUCAACCGCAACCCCCAGGACUCGGCCUCGUGGAUGAGCCAUGCCCAGGGAGGAAUGUCUCUCCUUGGCCCCCGUGCGCAACAGUUCGCCUCGAGCCUUACUGGCUGCCAGCUCAGUGCUCGCCUUAUUACAGCCUUGACUGUCAGUUCUGGUGCUAUGGGCGCUCGAGUACCAGAUGAGCUCAUGGCGCUACGUGGCCACCUUGACCCUUUCAUCAGCACCGUCAAAUGGAGAUUUACAGGAAUCGUGGCUCUUGUAAUUGACCUACAAGCCGACCUCCGCAGUUCUGGGGACAACUGUACCAUCGACCUGGCCGAGAGAGCAGAGCAAUUGGACGACCAGCUCAGGAACCUGUAUAGGACGUUGCCACCAUCUUGGAGGCCUCGGCAAAUAUCUCCUGUCAGGCCUGAUGCACUUAUUUUCGGCUCUUAUUAUGAGAUAUACGCAGAUCACUACGUUACUCAAGUUACCAACGGCAUCCGCGCCAUGCGUCUGCUGCUCAAUAACAUCAUGUCGAAGCACACCCUCAGGCCCAGUCCCGACAACAUCAUCCUGGAUCGGAUCCGCAACAUUACGCACCAAAUUUGCGCCACGGUACCUCAAUUCAUCCUACCGAGAGCAGCACCAGAAAAUACCGUGGGUUUCUCGCCGCUGCAGAGUCUUCAGUGCUGUACUUUGCUCGCUCCACUGUACAUCGCGAAUCAGGUUUCGGCCGAUGCCCUCAUGCGAGACUGGAUCCGGCGUUGCUUACAGCAUAUGUCGCAGACGGGUUGCAUGAAGAUAGCCAAGGAUGUUGCGGACUUGAUGAGGAAUAAGCAAGACUUGAACUAUUGGCUUGUAUAUGCCAUGGUUGGCAGCUAUGCAUUUGCAGCAUAGAUGUGUUUGAAGGGGGAAGAUCUGGUAGGGCCAACAAUGACCAACGACCAACAACAAGCUAAAACGACCAUCUCUGUAUGACGUCA